AUGACCGUCUCCACCUGUCUAUUCUCCCUGGCGGCUGCUGUUGGCUGCGCCGUAGCUCACGCGACGAAUCAGACUCUGCUAUCCGACAUCAAUACUAUUUCGCGCUACUGGGGUGUGUAAUUUCGUGCCAAUGCCUGUGGAGUCUCGUCACUGAACUCGACCAGGACAAAUCUCUCCGUACCGAGACAAUGCAGCGGACAUCUUUGGCGUCCAAGAUGUCGGACUACCAGACGGUUGCCAGGUAGAGCAAGUCCAUACAUUGCAGCGCCAUGCCCAACGAUUCCCGACCUCUGCCUUUGACGACGGUGCAAAUGACGAGAGAUUUGCGGCCAAGGUCUACAACUUUACUCAGGCCAGCCCAGCUGCCAAAUUUUCGGGACCGCUGUCUUUCCUGAACUCGUAUCGCUAUGAAUUGGGCGAAGGGCUCCUCACUGGAAUCGGCGCGCAGACGGAAUUCGCUUCUGGAGUUCAGUUCUGGAAUCUGUACGGCCGGACGCUCUACAACGCUACCAAGGCUCAGCUGUCCUACAACGGCUCUUACAGUAACGGCACUGCGCGGCCCAAGCCUGUCCUGAGAACCACUGGCCAGUCACGUAUCGAGAACUCUCAAAUCUCCUGGGCUCUAGGCUUCUUUGGCCCUUCUUUCCAGGAAGUCCCAGACCCUACAUUGUCCGCUUUCACUAAUGGCUCUCUCUUCGACGUGGUCAUCAUCCCCGAGGGUGGCACCGAGAGUGAGCUGAGAUGCUUCACAUUGUACUAACUUGGGCUAACUUUCAACACAGACAACACGCUGGCUUCGUACGAUUCCUGUUUCAGGGAUGUCCUUGAGGACGUAGCAUACCUCGGCGAUGAUCUACUCUUCUUCCAAUAUGUGCCAAGAUACCUUCGCAACGCUACAGCUCGCGUGCAGAAGUACGCACCACAAGGAUUCACGUUCAACGUCAACGACACAUAUGCUAUGCAAUCUAUAUGCGCUUAUGAGAAUGCAUACAUCGGUGAGAUAUUGCCGCAAUUGAUCGUACGAUGGCAGCGGACUGAUAGCGAUGCUUCCAACAGGCAUGAGCGACUUUUGCAACCUCUUCACGCAAGAUGAAUGGGCUGGGUUUGAACAGACUCUGGACAUCGAAUACUACUACGACUAUGCAUUCGUAAGUCCGAACGCUAACCACCGUAGUCAAGGGCUGACCAUUAUUCUAUCUAGGGCAACCCCACUGGCAGAGCCCAAGGACUUGGCUAUCAACAGGAAUUACUGGCUCGACUCACCAACCAGUACAUCUACAGCAGCAACUCGAGCGUCAACAGCACGAUCACGAACAACCCUCGACAAUUCCCCCUGGGACGCCCUUUCUAUGCCGACUUCACGCACGAUGACAUUAUCAUCUCCGUCCUGACUUCCAUGUCGGUCGACUACUUCCGAGAUGACCCAAGCCUGACGCAGUACCCUCCCGACCCCAAGCGCCAUUUCAUCCUGUCCGAGUUGACACCCUUCGGUGCCCGCAUGUUCACCGAAGUCAUCGGAUGCACGAGCCCCAGCCCCGCGGCCGUCCACAGCCAACGCACAAGUUACUACCCAACGCAAUACGGAUACAACCCCAGCAACGCGACCAACAAGUUCAUUCGGGUAAGUUUUCAAAACUCUGCAAACUGUGGUCAGCACAACGCCUGACGAUACUCUCUAGAUGCGACUGAACAACGGCAUCAUCCCCCUCGACACUAUCCGAGGCGGACAAUGCCGUGGCCGCAGCGACGGACUGUGUCCCAUGGAGAAGUUCAUCGCCAGCCAGGAGCAGGCCAUGCAGCUCGCAAACUACGACUUUGCCUGCUUCGCCAACUAUACUCUUGCGAACGCUACGAACGCAUAUAACUACGAUGGCGCGGUCAACAACCAAACGCAGGGUAUGCUUGCUACAUCAUGACAACAAUGAUGCUCAUCAAGCUUUGGUGGAAGAGACUACCUUACUGACAGCGAACACCAGGAAUCACCGUCCAUCCCGGCCGCAUUACCGCCGCGUAUGUGGAGAGCUUGUAA